AUGGCGGGACUACGAUCCGGGUUGCAAUGGCUCGAAACAAGCACUCGUCGCACAUUGGCCUCGUCCACCUCCCGACUUGGUGCGCCCAAGCGAUCGAGGAGAGUGUUUGCACCCGGUAGAAGGGGAUUAUCAUCGUCCAAAGCCGCCGCCGCGGUCGCCGACCUACAAGCUGGCAGACUAUGGACCACGAGCAGGGUGUUGCUCCUCGCAGGAGCAUUGGCUUCCAUUGGAUAUGUGGUGGGCGUCAACGAUGCCAGCAGCCAGGCCGACUCGGACGAGGACGAGUUGCAUCCCCGCUCAAGCCAGCCCCGACCUGCUCCUGUCAAAUAUGCGUCGAAAAGGGAACUGGAGAAGGCGAUCGACGAGCUCCGUCGAGCGCUGGGUGAAGACACGGUCAGCACCGACGACGAGGACCUUCGAGCCCACGGCUAUUCAGAGUGGUCUUCGAUCAACAUCGACCAGUUGCCCAUAGCCGUGGUGUAUCCCAAGAGCACCGAAGAGGUAUCUCAGAUCGCCAAGGUGGCAUCCAAGUACAAGAUCCCCAUGGUCCCCUAUUCCGGCGGCUCGUCGCUGGAAGGCAACUUCUCGGCGCCCUUUGGGGGCUUCAGCAUUGAUUUUGCCUUCAUGGACCAGAUCCUUGCCCUGCACGACGAAGACAUGGAUGUGGUGGUCCAGCCGGCGGUGCAGUGGAUGGAGCUGAACGAAAAGCUACAGUCCAAGGGGCUCUUCUUCCCCGUCGACCCCGGCCCGUCGGCCAAGAUCGGCGGCAUGGUCGGCACCUCGUGUAGCGGCACCAACGCCUUCCGCUACGGCACCAUGAAGGACUGGGUCAUCAACCUCACCGUCGUGCUGCCGGACGGCCGCAUCAUCAAGACGAGACGGAGACCUCGCAAGUCCUCGGCCGGCUAUAACCUGACCGGCCUCUUCGUCGGGGCCGAAGGCACGCUGGGGAUCGUGACCGAGGCCACUCUCAAGCUGGCCAUCAUCCCUCCGCAGACCAAGGUGGCGGUCGUGACGUUCCCGACCAUUCGCGAUGCCGCCGCCGCCGCCAUGCAGGUCAUUCGCUCCGGUGUCCCGGUCGCAGCCAUGGAGAUCAUGGACGACGUCCAGAUGUCCGUCGUCAACCGGGCCGGAGGCACCAACCGGACCUGGAAAGAGGUGCCGACGCUCUUCUUCAAGUUUGCCGGCACCCCGGCCAGUGUGCAGGACAAUAUCAACAUGACCACUCAGAUUGUCAAGCGCAACAGGGCCGGUGACUUCAUCUAUGCCAGAGACGACGCCGAGGCCCAUGACCUGUGGAAGGCCCGGAAGGAGGCCUUGUGGAGCAUGCUGUCGUUGCGCCGUCCAGGGGAUGAAGUAUGGUCCACCGACGUGGCCGUGCCCAUCUCAAGGCUGCCGGACAUUGUGGAACGCACGAAAACGGAACUCGACGAUCUCGGCCUGUUCGCCAGCGUGCUAGGCCACAUCGGAGAUGGCAACUUCCACACCUCCAUCUUGUACAACCGCAAGGACGCAGCUGAGAGAGAGCGGGUGGAGCACGUGGUGCAUAACAUGGUCCACCGGGCCUUGGAAAUGGACGGCACCUGUACCGGCGAGCAUGGCAUCGGCAUCGGGAAGAAGGAGAGUCUGGUGGAAGAACUGGGCCUGGACACCAUCGGCAUCAUGCACACUCUCAAGCGCAGCCUCGACCCGCACUGGCUGAUGAACCCGGGCAAGAUCUUCGACGCCGUCAAUAUCCAGGCCACAAAGGAUCGACCGGGAGCCACGGCCGCGUCGACGCUGGAGAGACCGAAGAGCAACAUAUAG